AUGUCCGGUCCGUGCAACGUCGAAAGUGGAUAUAGACCCUCCUCUGUGGUUGAGCGUCCGACCAUGCCAGCGCCAUCGCCCCCAUCGAACUCUGCUGCUGCUGUUGCCGGCUCUAUCCCAUCCCCGGCCGACUUCGAAGCCAGAGCGCGCCCUUGCCACUCGCCCACCUCGCCCUCGCUUGCCUCGCCAGACAUGCCUGUCGUCGCACACAGCCCAGCUCCCCAACUGCCUCAGAUGGACCCUCUGCGCGCCCCCCGAUCCCCUUCCGGAGCCGAUCCCGGGAGGUCACGAUCCGGACUGCCACCGGCGAGCUCGUUACCCGCCUCCCAGCUAUUUGCCGCGCUACUGCAGCGCUCCGGCUCUAUCUCUCACACCGAAGCACUGCCCAGCACCAGCCACGGCUCGAAACGGAAGCUGACCGAAGAUCUCGGCGCCGGCUUCGACAUCACCUCGCCCUCGGACGUGGUGCUGCCCAAGGAUCCGGCCCGCCGCGCCAGCAUCAUCCACCUAGCGACGGCCGCAGCGGCGGCUGUGUUGCAGAGCCAGCUGGUCGAACGACGCUUUUCGCAACAAGAGCACCUCAGCAAGCGGCAGCGGACACGCGAAGAGCAGCUCAACUUGCUGGCAGAGCAGGCUCGCCUAACACACCUCACGGCUGCGCGGGCGCGAAACGACAGCUCUGAGGGGACCGACGGCGUCGACUCGUCGACUCGGCCAUCCUUGUCUUCGACGGCCACCGGUGCCGAGCUCGACGCUUCGUCCAGUCGCGCCGCCGGCAACGCAGCGCACCCUGCGGCAACGACUAGCGACGUCGACGAGGCUGCCGAACCACGAUAUGGAACAAACGGAGGCCUCAGCGCCAUCCGGUCCUUCUCGAUCCCCUCGGACCCGCAACCUAGCCCCGCUGCCCAUUUUAGCGCCACCAAGAUGGCCAUUGACCCCGCCCAUCAGCAGGAGUGGGAGGCGACGAUCAACAGCGAGGGCUUCCUCGACGAGGCCAAGGAGGUCGCCAAUCACUACAGCCGCUUCUACCGCUUCGAGCAGGAAUGGGCGCACCGGGCGCUGGCCAUCGGCAACGCCUGGGCGACGGACGGUCGGAAAGGAGCCGCGAAACGGCCGUCCCACGACGAGGACCGCCACGAUACCCACGCAGACGAGCAAACACCCUCGCCCACGUCAGAGAGCGGACCGUCACUAGGGGACGUUGCGUCAAACUCAGGCAAGGACCAGCCGUACACAAUCCAGUCCCUCAGAGCCUCCCCGCGGCAACGUUCGCCAGCCAGCACGCGACCAACGUCCCGGGCAGUCUCGCCCUCUGAAAGCGCUGUCGAGCGCAGGCAGGCGAGCGGCGACGACGUCGACGGCGAUUACCGGGGCAGCCCGAUGAGGGGCCCGUCGCAGGGCCUGGCGUCGGUGCUGUCCAACUUUGCCGACCUGGUCAAGGCUCGACAGGAAUCGUGUUCCGGUCUGGAGGCCCUCGCGCAACGAGUUCAGGUGUUGCCCAGCGCCGCAACCAUAGUCGCAGAAGCCCUGGACGGCAAAGGCGCUGACGGCGCGGCCGACGAUGACGAUGACGAUGACGAUGAUGAGGACGAAGACGAGGACAGGUACGGAAACGCCAGCGACAGCGACGAGUCGGUCGCCAGCGACGUCCGUUCGCCCCGUUUGGCAGCAUCAGCGACGCUCGCAGACACCGGCGCAGAAGGCGCCGCGAGCAAAGCCACGGUCCGCGACGAAGACGAGGACGCCUCGCCAUCUCCCGCCUCGCAGCCAGCCGCCGAGCGGAUGAGCAUUGCGAGCAUGAUGUAA